AUGUCUUCGAAUGUUUUAAAUAAUCAUUCUAUUUUAAAUUCACAUACAUCAUCAUCGCAAACAUCAUCUGUCUCACCGUCAUUAUCCAGUGUCAAUAGCAACAACAACAACAACAACGACAACAAUAAUAAUAACUUAUUACAGCAACCAACUCACUCCUCAUCCUCAUCUGAUACUGGUGAAUUCAUAAAUAAUAGUAAUUUUUUAAAUAAUAGUGAAAACAAAAUGGCGAAUAACAAUGGAAAUUCUGUUAUAACUUCAACUCUAAAUGAAAAAGGAGAACCAGAAACAAUAACAACAACUACAACAACAACUACAACAACAACUAAACGACCUUUAGAUGAAAUUGAUGAUAGAAAUUUAAAAAAAGUUAAAGAAGAUUUUACUACAAACAAUAGUAGUAAUAAUAAUAUCAAUAAUAAUAAUAAUAAUAAUAUCAAUAAUAACAACGGUGAUAAUUACAAUAACUACAAUAAUAAUAAUAAUAAUAAUAAUUACAAUAAUAACAACUUCAAUAAUAACUAUAAUAACAACUAUAAUGGCAAUAAUAGUUUUGACUACAAUAAUAAUAAUAAUAGUAAUGUAUAUUUUAAUAACGACAGGGGUAAUAACUACAAUAAUUCCUACAAUGAUUAUAAUAAUAAUAAUAAUAAUAACACCAACACCAACACCAACACCAACACCAACACCAACACCAACACCAACACCAACACCAACACCAACACCAACACCAACAACAACAACAGUUUUAAUAACAAUAAUAAUAACAAUAAUAAUAAUAAUUUCAACAAUAGCAGCAACUAUAAUUACGAUUAUAAUAACAAACCAUAUGUAAAUAGUAACAACAACAACAACAACAACAACAACAAUUUUAAUAAUAAUAUCAAUAAUAAUAAUAAUAAUAGAAAUAAAUCACCGCCACCACAAUAUCAAACACAAAUAUCGCAACAACAACCAAAUAAUCAACAACAACAACAAUUAAAUAAUAAAAAUGAAAAUUUAGAAUUAGAAGAUGAAGAUGAAAAUUUAAUUUUAAAUCAAAAUAGAAAACCAAAAAAAACAAAAACCAUUCAUAGAUUAAUGGAUAUUUGUUUAGAAGAAUUAGUGAAAAACAUUGAUAAGAUUGAAACAUUAGAACCAUUACCAGAUGAACUUUGUCAAAAGAUUAUACCAUUAUUUCAGCGUAGAAAGAUUCUAUCAUUAAAGACAUUGUCACUCUUUAGAAAUUGUAAACUAUCGAGAUUAGAACUCUAUGGUAAAGAGAUAGCAAUCAAUGACGAAUGGUUAAAUAUAACGAAAGGAUUGAUGAAAUCGACAUUGUCCUCAAUAAACAUCUCAAAAAACAACUCACUCACAGAUCAAGGCAUUGCAAGUUUAAGUAGUUUGGCAAAGCUAUCAUCGUUGGAUAUUAGCUAUUGUGAAAAGAUCGAUGGAACAGGUCUUGAACCUUUGGUGGAUGCAGGUGUACCCCUUCAAAAGCUACACAUGGAGGGUAAUAGUUCAUUGAAUUUGGUAAAGGUUUUCAAUUCACUCUCAAAGUUAAAAACAUUAAAUUCACUUUGUGUUGGCAAUACAAAUAUCACCGAUGAUAUGUGUAAACCUCUAUCACUAUUGACAACACUCACUCAUCUCGAUGUUGCUAGAAAUACACAAUUGGGUAAUCAAGGUUUAGAAUCGAUUUCAAAGUGUGUAAAUCUAAUAGAUUUGGAUAUUAGUUGUUGCACUAAAAUCAAUGCAUUGGGUAUUCGUCAUCUAGGCUCACUCUCUAAUCUUCAGUCACUCUCGGCAGAGAAUUGUGCUAUCGAUGAUGAAUCUAUGAAAUAUAUUGGUACACUAAAAAGUUUAAGUUCCCUAUCACUCAUCAAUAAUCCUUUUAGUGAUACUGGUGCAAAGAAUAUUGGUAAUCUCACACUCUUGACAACUUUAGAUCUUUCAAUGUGUGCAAAUAUUACAGAUGCAGCUUUAGUUCACUUUAAAAAUUUAACUCAAAUUUCAAAAUUAAAUUUAAAUUUUUGUGGUAAUUUAACUGAUAGUGGUGUAACUUCAUUAACUGGUGGUUUAGGUCAAUUAAAAACACUUGGUAUAAUUGGUUGUAAUAGAUUAUUAAUUAAAGUUAAACAUAGACCAUUAGUUUUAUUAGUAGAGGAUAAUCCAUUACAGAUUAAAGUAAUUUCAAAAGUUAUGGAAAGAUAUAAUUUUGACGUUGAAGUUGCAUCAAAUGGUCAAAUGGCAUUAGAUAUGUUUAAAGCAAAUCCAAGAUAUGAGUUGGUUUUAAUGGAUAUGAUCAUGCCUAUAAUGGAUGGUUUAACAGCUACCAUGCUCAUAAGAGAAUACGAGAGAGAAAGAGGUUUAAAAAGAACUCCUGUCAUCAUUCAAACUGCUGAUUCAAGAGAAAGUCAUAAAUUGAUUUGUCUUGCUGCAGGUUGUGAUGAUUUUAUGACAAAACCAUUAGAUAAAAGAUUUGUCGAUAGAGCUUGGAAAUUAUUAAAUGAAGAAUUCGAUUCAACUGAUAAUAAUAAUAAUAAUAAUAAUAAUAAUAAUAAUAACAAUAAUAGCAAUAAUAACAAUAACAGCAAUAAUAAUAACAAUAGUAAUAAUAAUAACUAUAAUAAUAAUAAUAAUAGAGAAAAUAGUGGAGAUAACGUAAAUAAUAACAGCUCAAAUAUUAAUAAUGGUUUUAGCAAUAUUAGAGUUAAUAUUAAUGUAUAA